AUGCGUUUAGUUUUAGCGGCAACGCUGCAUGACAGACAAUGACGGAUAAGUGACAUCAAAACCAAAACAUGCAUUUUAAGUGACCACAACACGCGAGAGUGUUAAAUUUGCUAAAUAUAAAUUAGUUCAAAUUCGCAAAUACCAUGGCUGAUGAAGAAUUUGAAGAUAAUGAUGUCGGUGAGGACUUUGAAGACGACGUAGACGAUGAUAACAUCGAAGAACUGGAACAACCUGAUGAGGAAGGCGACAACAUAGAUAUUUUGCAACCUGGUCAAGCUGGAGGCGGUGUGCCAAAAAACAAGCGAAUUACAACCAAGUACAUGACCAAGUAUGAAAGAGCUAGAGUGCUUGGAACACGUGCCCUACAGAUCGCCAUGUGCGCCCCCGUCAUGGUGGAGUUGGAUGGGGAAACCGACCCCUUACAAAUCGCUAUGAAAGAACUGAAGCAGCGCAAAAUUCCCAUUAUCAUUCGACGUUAUCUCCCUGACCAUUCGUAUGAAGACUGGGGUAUCGAUGAGUUAAUUAUUAUAGACCACUAGGAAUUGCUUUAUAUUACUGUAAAUACACUUAUACUUUUGGUACCAA